AUGGCAAACGAUGGUUUUACUGGGACAGGUCCCGGAGGAGAUAUAAUGAAGGUGGAUUUGAACGAACAAUUUGACAAAGCGGACAUGGUCUGGGUCGGAGUAUCGGCUGCAUUGGUGUGGCUUAUGGUUCCAGGAGUGGGUUUGCUUUAUUCUGGUUUAUCCAGAAAGAAGCAUGCAUUGUCGUUAUUAUGGGCCUCGCUUAUGGCCACUUGCUUGACUGCCUUUCAGUGGUUCUUUUGGGGGUACUCAUUAGUUUUCACAAAAAGUGACUCGGUGAUCUUGGGUAACUUGGACUAUUUCUCCUUGAAGAAUGUGUUCGGGGCCCCAAGCGUGGUCUCAACUGUUCCAGACAUUUUAUUUUGUCUUUUCCAGGGUAUGUUUGCCGCAGUGACUGCCAUUUUAAUGGUUGGUGCUGGGUGUGAGAGAGCAAGGUUAGGACCAAUGAUGGUCUUCUUAUUCUGCUGGUUAACUGUUGUUUAUUGUCCGAUCGCAUACUGGACUUGGGGUGGUAAUGGAUGGUUAUUCAACUUGGGUGCAUUAGAUUUUGCUGGUGGUGGACCAGUUCACGAAAAUUCUGGUUUUGCUGCGUUGGCUUAUUCAUUGGUAUUGGGUAAGAGACACGAUCCAUUAACAGCUGGUAAAGUUCCUAAAUAUAAACCACAUUCAGUUACUUCAGUUGUGUUAGGAACUGUGUUUUUAUGGUUCGGGUGGUUUGGCUUCAACGGUGGUUCUACAGGGAACGCAUCUAUCCGUUCUUGGUAUGCUUGUGUCAACACUAAUAUUGCUGCUGCAUGUGGUGGUUUAACUUGGAUGUUUGUCGAUUGGUUUAGAACCGGUGGAAAAUGGUCCACAGUAGGUUUAUGUACCGGUGCCAUUGCUGGUUUGGUCGGUAUUACUCCGGCUGCCGGAUUUGUCCCAGUUUACACCUCGAUAGUCUUUGGUGUCGUUCCAGCUAUUGUUUGUAACUUUGCUGUUGAUUUGAAAUCUAUCUUACAGAUUGAUGAUGGUAUGGAUGUUUUUGCUUUGCAUGGUGUUGGUGGUAUCUGUGGUUCAAUUUUAACCGGAUUUUUUGCUGCUGACUACAUUGCUGCUUCUGAUGGUUCUGUUGCAGCAGAUCCUUCAGCUGCCAUCGCUGGUGGCUGGAUGAAUCAUAAUUAUAAGCAAUUAGGUUACCAAAUUGCAGGCUCAUGUGCCGUUGGCCUCUGGAGUUUCACGCUUACUGGCAUCUUAUUAUUAAUAAUGGACAGAAUUCCUCAGUUGAGAAUCAGAUUACAUGCCGAUGAAGAAAUUAUGGGCACCGAUAUUGCUGAAAUCGGUGAAUUUACAUACUACGAUGAUGAAAUGGGACAAGGUAAUACGUUGGCUAUGAGCGAUAACUUACCAUAUGUUAUAGAACCAAUCAGAUCUACCGAUCAAAAGAAAGCCCAAUUACAAGCUGCUGCUUCCAGAAAUGAUCCAGAAGUUCAUAUGGGCACUACAGCAGACGGCCAAGGGUUUGUUAGUCCCGACGAUGGAAGCGGUACAAGUCAUGCUACCAAAGAAUAA